GGCUACCAUUUAUCCCAGUCAAACAUAAUUUCAAAAAAAAUAGCGUUUUCACUCUCCUCCUUCAUUUUGCAAGUUAUUUUCUCUCUCCUACUUCAAUUUCUCAGUUCUCUUUGCUAUUUUCUCUGAUUCUUCUUCAAACUUCAUCAAUUCUUCGUCAAGGAACUCCAACUUCUCCAUUUAAGUAAUUUCUGAGUUCCUCUUCUAAUCCAUUGAAGUAAUUCAUGAGAUUAUAUGGGAUGAGGUUGGUGAAUCUGAAACCACUCGUGAUAAGAUGUUACUUGAGCUGGAGCAAGAGUGCCUUAAGGUAUACGGGAGAAAAGUUGAUCAGGCUAACUACUGCAGAGCUCCGCUAUUGCAUGCUAUUGCUGAUUCUGAGGCGGAGCUAGCCACCAUUUGUUCUGCAAUGGGUGAGAGGCCAGUCCAUAUUCGACAGAGACUUUGCUAUGCCAAAAUGUUAUUCUUCAAAUGGGUUUACGUUUGCUAGCCCCUGGAGGAAUGCAGAUACGUUGCACAGGUGGGUGCUAAAAUGUCAUGCCUGCCAGCAUGUAACCGCUGAAGUUGGUCGAAUCUUCUGUCCAAAGUGUGGCAAUGGUGAUACCUUAAGGAAAGCACCAUAUUUUAGUUCCUGGAAAAGGUCUCCCCAAUAUGAGUUCCAUUAUAAAGCAAUUUAGGGAUGUGUUCGAUUGGGUGGAUGCUAAUAGUACAGGCCGUAUAAUUCCUCUUGAAGGAGCUGAUGUCGAAUAUGAUUCUGCCAGUGAAAAGAUUGAGGAGAUUGAAUCUGAUUUGAAGAAACAUAUUGUGGAACAAAAAAAGUUGCUUGGCAUCACAUCGCCUGGGGACAGGUUCAAUCUUCCGACACGGGUUUUUGCGUUAACCAAUUCAAUGGAUGGAUGAACUGACCCUCAUGGAAUCAGACUUCUUAUAGGUCGAUCCGGCCGGGGCUGAGGUGCAAAGAUAAAGGAAUAUGGUAGGUAUAAGGAAUUCACAACUUUUUUUAUCCAAAAUAUCUUAGAAUCUAAAAAUGAUGUUGACCUAAUUCCAAUUGGGUUGAAAGUAGACAUCCAAAGCUUUCCAACAACAUAUUAUUUGUCUUAAUUCGAGUUUGGGAUAAAAAAAAAAUAAAUAAAAAAAAACAUAUGAAUAAAAAAAACAUAUGAAAACAACAACUACAAAAAAAUUGGAGAAGAAACGCCUAGUUGAAAUGUAUGGCAAGAAAUGCCUAGCUCCCCUGGAAUUUCGAAAUUUGUAACCGUUUUCUCCUUGGAUUUUCGAAAAAACUAGCCAUUUGGCCUCCACCUAAAAAAAAAAAAAAAAAAAAACAUGACUUAAACUCCGGCGAUGACCUUGCCCUCGGUCGAUGGUAGAUGUUAGGAGAAUAGAAUGUUAGAUAGAGUUAGAGGGAAGAAGAAUAUAGAAUACACGUGAGGGUACGUUCGUCCAUUCAAGUUUAAUUGCGGGCGUUACCUGGUAAAAUGAGGGCGUUGUUUAACAACCCUAAAAUUAUCCCGUUGAAAACUGAACACUAUGUAUAUUUUCUCUCUACCUUCAAUUUCUUUUCUCUGUUUUCCUCAUUUCUUUAGACCGGUAAAAAGAACUUCCAUCACCAUGCCCCUAUUCCCAAUUCUCUCAUAUAUUUUUUAUUUUCACUAGUUUAACGGCGACACUUUAUACUUAGAAUAUUUAAGAAAUAUAAAUAAUUUAAAAUGUCGUAAUUACCCCUUAUUAAGUUAUUAUAUAUUCGCCUCAUCCAUAACAAUUCUCCGUAAUUUAUUACUAUUUCCUCAUGAAAUAGAGGGAGUGACUAUCUAAAAUUUAUUACACUUCACACGUCAUCAAAAACAAAAAGGAUUUUUUAGCCUAAAAUUUAUACGAGAGAAACUUCAAAUUCCAUUUCAUUCCGCGCCUAAUCAUCAUCUAUAAAAAGGACUUCUAGAGAACCGAAGAGCGAAACCAAUAAUCUUAAUUACAAUUUCUCUCUCUAAAAUCCUCAAUUUUUCUAUUUCUUUCUCUAUAUAGCUCAAUCUCUCUCCUUCUCUCUCUCUAAAACUACACUUUCUUCAAAAAAUCGUCGGAGUUUUCUCAAUUUCUCUUUAUAAUGCCAGAAAUGUACGCACUCAAAUCUGAAGAACAGAGCCAGCAGUUGCAGCUUGUUGAACGAGAAGAAAUCGAAGAUGAAGAGGACUUGUUCGAAGCUAUUGAUAAAUUGAUUGCACAUGGAAUCAAUGCUGGAGAUGUUAAGAAGCUUCAAGAUGCUGGAAUAUACACUUGUAAUGGCUUGAUGAUGCAGACGAAGAAGAAUUUGACUGGAAUCAAGGGAUUGUCUGAAGCUAAAGUUGAUAAGAUAUGCGAAGCUGCUGAGAAAAUAGUGAAUUAUGGUUACAUUACUGGAAGUGAUGCUUUGCUCAAAAGAAAAUCUGUGAUCCGCAUAACUACUGGAAGUCAGUCAUUAGAUGAACUAUUAGGAGGUGGAAUCGAAACAUCAGCAAUUACAGAAACAUUUGGAGAAUUCCGCUCUGGAAAAACUCAGCUAGCACAUACUCUAUGCGUCUCGACACAGCUUCCGACCAGCAUGAAAGGAGGGAAUGGGAAGGUUGCCUACAUCGACACUGAAGGAACUUUUCGACCUGAUCGUAUUGUGCCAAUUGCUGAAAGGUUUGGGAUGGAUGCUGCUGCUGUCCUAGACAACAUCAUAUAUGCACGUGCAUAUACGUAUGAACAUCAGUACAAUCUCCUCCUUGGUCUGGCAGCAAAAAUGGCUGAGGAACCCUUUCGAUUACUGAUUGUAGAUUCUGUCAUUGCAUUAUUCCGAGUGGAUUUCUCUGGAAGAGGAGAGCUUGCAGAGCGACAGCAAAAACUGGCCCAAAUGCUCUCUCGUUUGAUGAAGAUUGCUGAAGAGUUCAACAUCGCUGUAUACCUCACUAAUCAAGUUAUUGCUGACCCAGCAGGAGGAGUUUUUGUUACGGACCCAAAGAAGCCAGCAGGCGGUCAUGUCUUAGCUCAUGCAUCAACAAUAAGGUUGAUGUUCAGGAAGGGAAAAGGUGAACAGCGUAUCUGCAAGGUGUUUGACGCCCCAAAUCUGCCAGAGGCAGAAGCUGUAUUCCAGAUUACACCAGGUGGAAUCGCAGAUGCAAAGGACUGAAGCUAGUAGACAAUCAAAUCAAUUUAUCUGAUAUCACUAUACCAGACAGAGCAAAGGAAAAGUUGCCUCGUUUUCCUACUGCCAUUAAUUAGGUUUAACUCUUUAAGACAUAGUUAUCUACGGCCAGUUUAUUAGCUUCAAGGAAAAAAGAAGCCAUCUUACUAGUUUUUGUUGUAAAGUUGUUUGGCGCACAGCUAUAUGUGGAACGAGAAACUAAAUCAAACGUGUAAAAAUUUGCUGCAGCUUUAAUGAAAACAGUUAUCUUUCAAGGGUAAA